CACAGCCAGCCCUACCACCCUGGCAAGGCCCUGGCCACAUCAUGCCUGGCACUGGGUUCUGCAGCUGCUGGGGCGGCCGGGUGCUGCCCCUGCUGCUGGCCUAUGUCUGCUACCUGCUGCUCGGUGCCACCAUCUUCCAGCGGCUGGAAAAGCCAGCGGAGGCUCAGUCCAGGGGCCAGUUUCAGUUUGAGAAGCUGCGCUUCCUGGAGAACUACACCUGCCUGGACCAGCGGGCCCUGGAGCAGUUUGUGCAGGUCAUCAUGGAAGCCUGGGUGAAAGGUGUGAACCCCAAAGGCAACUCCACCAACCCCAGCAACUGGGACUUUGGCAGCAGUUUCUUCUUUGCAGGCACGGUCGUCACCACCAUAGGAUAUGGGAACCUGGCGCCUAGCACAGAGGCAGGUCAGGUCUUCUGUGUCUUCUACGCCCUGGUGGGCAUCCCGCUCAACGUGGUCUUCCUCAACCACCUGAGCACAGGGCUGCGUGCCCACCUGGCCACCCUGGAGAGGUGGGAGGACCAGCCCAGGCGCUCCCAGCUACUGCAGGUCCUAGGCCUAGUUCUGUUCCUGACCCUGGGGACACUGGCCAUUCUCAUCUUCCCUCCCAUGGUCUUCAGCCGCGUGGAGGGCUGGAGCUUCCGCGAGGGCUUCUACUUCGCUUUCAUCACCCUCAGCACCAUCGGCUUCGGGGACUAUGUUGUCGGCACGGACCCCAGCAAGCACUACAUCUCAGUGUACCGGAGCCUGGCGGCUGUCUGGAUCCUCCUGGGCCUGGCGUGGCUGGCACUGGUCCUCCCACUGGGUCCCCUGCUUCUACACAGGUGUUCCCAGCUCUGGCUGCUCAGCAGGGGCCUCGGCCUCAAGGACGGGGCAGCCCCUGACCCCGGUGGGCUCCCCCGACCUCAAAAGAUCCCCAUCUCUGCAUGAGGCUCCUGAGUGGCCCCAACAGCCUCUCCCCUCCUCCCCAGCCCAC